ACCGGGGACCACACGAGAUGAAGGGGCCACAGGUCGGAAAGCAGCAGUGGAGGGAAGGAUUUGAGGAAACUUAAAUCGUCGUUUAGAGAGAGCCUAGGACGGUCCUGGGAAUGCAAGAGAUUUGCGAUUGGAGCCCAGGCUUUGGGAUGGGAGAAGGCAGAAAUGGCACUGCCAGUGUUUGCCAUCCCCUUACGCUGCAAAGGAGAAGUGAAGGACCAAGGAGAGGAUAUUAAGAGGUGGAAUACCGAAGGAAGGUGGGAAGGGAGAAGUGCAGAUAGAGAGAUAAUGAGAGUAGAGGGUUUGGGGUGCAGGAAUUCACCCCAAAGAUGGUGGGAAAGACUGAAACGAAACGCACCAUCUUCCUCCAUCAUACCAAGUUACCUAGUUUUCUUCUUGACUUCACCAUGGACAUUUAAACUAUAAGUAAAACUAUUUUCCUUGUUACCAGGCUUGAAUCCACUUUACUAGGAAUUCUUGAACUUUUUGGUCUCAGGACUUAAGUAUUGUUGUGGACCCCAAAGAUUUUUUGCUUGUGUGGGUUGGAUAUAUUAUAUACUUAUAAUAUAUACUGCUAUUUACUGUAUUAGAAACUAAAACCAAGAAAUAUUUAAAAAUAUGUAUGAACUUAUUAAGUAAUAACCUGUUAUAUGUUAAUGAAAAUCACAUAUUUUUGUGGCAAAACAGGUUUUUCCAAGACAAAACAAAAAUUAUGAGUGGCAUUUUUUACAUUUUGGAAUCUAUUGUCUUGGCUUAAUGCUUCUGCAUUCAAUCUGUUGCAUUAUCACAGGCAAAUUAUUAUGACAAAUUGUUUUGCUCUUGAGGACCCCUGAAAGGGUCUCAGGAAACACACUAGAGGUUCCCAGACCACAUUUUGAAAACUAAAAGUCUGUACCAUUGUUUUGGGUUUGGUCUGCCUUUAAACCGUUUAGCAGUUUUUAAACUGAUAUCUCUAAACUUUGUCUUGUACUAUAAUUAUGUUUACACAUCUUUAUAAACUACUCGGGAAUAGAAACCGUCUCUAAAUAUUCUGUGUAUUAUGCUUACAGCCUGUUUUAGACACUUAAUAAAUAUUUGUUGAAUUGAGAAGAAUCAUUCAUUCAUGCAAAAUUAUGUCUAUUGACUGCCUCCUAUUUGCUAGAAAUUCCAGAAGAUAAAAAAGUUGUCUGGACUUGGAGCAGUGUUCUCUUAAGGUACUGGAGCCUGAAGGAAGCCCAAGCCUAUGCUUACUGAAGCUAAUGGGUGAAAAAGGCUGUACAGUCAUGGAAUUGAGUGACUACCUCCAAGCUAUGGAACAUACUGAAGUUCUCCAGCUUCUCAGCCCCCCAGGAAUAAAGAUCAUUGUAAACCCAGAAUCAAAGGCAGUCUUGGCUGGACAGUUUGUGAAACUGUUUUGUCGGGCAACUGGACAUCCUUUUGUACAGUAUCAAUGGUUCAAAAUGAAUAAAGAGAUUCCAUAUGGAAAUUCAUCAGAACUGGUUUUUAACACAGUGCAUGUGAAAGAUGCAGGCUUUUAUGUCUGUCGAGUUAAUAAUAAUUUCACCUUUGAAUUCAGCCAGUGGUCACAGCUAGAUGUAUGUGAUGUCACAGACAUAACAGAGAGCUCUCGGAAAAGUUUGGAUGCCGUCUCUGACUCCAAGUUGCAAAUCUGUGUAGAACCAAGUUCUCAAAAGCUGAUGCUGGGCAGCACGUUAGUUUUACAGUGUGUUGCUGUUGGAAGCCCUAUUCCUCACUACCAGUGGUUCAAAAAUGAGUCACCAUUAGCAUAUGAGACAAAAAGGCUCUAUGUGGUGCCUUAUGUGGAUUUGGAGCAUCAGGGAACCUAUUGGUGUCGGGUAUAUAAUGAUCGAGAGAGUCGAGAUAGCAAGAAGGUAGAAAUCAUCAUAGGAAGAACAGAUGAGGCAGUGGAGUGCACUGAAGAUGAGUUAAAUAAUCUUGGGCAUCCUGAUAAUAAAGCAGAAACAACUGACCAGCCUUUGGCAAAAGACAAAGUUGCUCUUUUGAUAGGGAAUAUGAAUUACUGGGAGCACCCCAAGCUUAAAGCUCCUUUGGUGGAUGUGUAUGAAUUGACCAACUUGUUAAGACAGCUAGAUUUCAAAGUUGUUUCAUUGUUGGAUCUUACUGAAUAUGAGAUGCGAAAUGCUGUGGAUGAAUUUUUACUGCUUUUAGACAAAGGAGUAUAUGGAUUAUUAUAUUAUGCAGGACAUGGGUAUGAAAACUUUGGGAACAGCUUUAUGGUCCCUAUUGAUGCUCCAAAUCCCUAUAGGUCUGAAAAUUGCCUGUGUGUGCAAAAUAUAUUGAAAUUGAUGCAAGAGAAAGAAACUGGACUCAAUGUGUUCUUGUUGGAUAUGUGUAGAAAAAGAAAUGACUACGAUGAUACCAUUCCAAUCUUGGAUGCAUUAAAAGUCACUGCCAACAUUGUGUUUGGAUAUGCCACGUGUCAAGGAGCAGAAGCUUUUGAAAUCCAGCAUUCUGGAUUGGCGAAUGGAAUCUUCAUGAAAUUUUUGAAAGAUAGGUUAUUAGAAGACAAGAAAAUUACUGUAUUACUGGAUGAAGUUGCAGAAGAUAUGGGUAAAUGUCACCUUACCAAAGGCAAACAGGCUUUAGAGAUUCGAAGUAGUUUAUCAGAAAAGAGAGCACUUACUGAUCCAAUACAGGGAACAGCAUAUUCUGCAGAAUCUCUGGUGCGGAAUCUACAGUGGGCCAAGGCACAUGAACUUCCAGAAAGUAUGUGUCUUAAAUUUCAAUGUGGAGUUCAUAUUCAAUUAGGAUUUGCAGCUGAGUUUUCCAAUGUCAUGAUAAUCUAUACAAGUAUAGUCCACAAACCACCUGAAAUAAUAAUGUGUGAUGCCUAUGUUACAGAUUUCCCACUUGACCUAGAUAUUGAUCCAAAAGAUGCAAAUAAAGGGACUCCUGAAGAAACUGGCAGCUAUUUAGUAUCAAAGGACCUUCCCAAGCAUUGCCUCUAUACCAGACUCAGUUCACUGCAAAAAUUAAAGGAACAUCUAAUCUUCACAGUGUGUUUAUCAUAUCAGUAUUCAGGAUUGGAAGAUACUGUGGAGGAAAAGCAGGAAGUGAAUGUUGGGAAACCUCUCAUUGCUAAAUUAGACAUUCAUCGAGGUUUAGGAAGGAAGACUUGCUUUCAAACUUGUCUUAUGUCUAAUGGCCCUUACCAGAGUCCUGUAUCCACAUCAGGUGCAGCUGGACAUUAUCAUUCUUCUCAAGAUUCAUUCCCAGACAUUUACCAUUUACAUUCUGGUAAUUCAAGCCACAUUCUGCCAUCAGAUAAUUGUCAUUGCAGCCGGACUCCAGAUGCAUUCAUUUCACGUAAUCAUACCCACCAUUAUUCAUCCCAAUUUGGUAGAAGUAAUGUACCUGAAGAGACAACUGAUGAAAUACCGUUCAGUUUCUCCGACAGGCUCAGAAUUUCUGAAAACUGACACCCUUGGUUUUUGAAAGUUAGCAUAAUUAUUAGAUGCCACAUUUGCAACAGUACCUGUGAGGCAUUAUGAAAAAGCAAAUAUGUAAUGUAGAAAGAGAAAAGAGUAACAACUUUUUCAGAGCGAAUACGGAAACAUCUACUUUGAGAUGCUGGAAUUGUAUUGUUUAACCACAGACUUCCUCUUCUUUCUCUUAAGAUUUUGCGAAUUGGUUGAUUUGUUCUGUAAGAACGAAAUACGAAUGUGUGUAUGUUUAUGUGUAGGUAACAAAAAAUGUUUUCAUUAUGACCACUCUGAAGUAAGAACAAUGAGAAUGGCAUUAUAGAAUAAGUCAUUGUAUUUUUAGGAUCAAAAGGAAAAAUUAUUAGGCUUAAAUUUAAUUUUAUCAGUGGGAGAAACAUAUUAAGGCAUCUUGUCUAAGUUAGAGCCAACCACAGAACUGGGCCUCCAGAUUUCCAUUCCAGUAUUUAUUCCACUACACACACUGCCUCCCUGACAGGUUCUGAGACAGUAUUUUUUUAUGUAGAUAGAUUUAAAAUAUAUAUAUAUAUGUAUAUAUGUCGUUGAUAUGCAUAUCUGUAUGUAUUCCCUAUGGAUGUACAAACUUUAGUUUGUGAUUAUAGACUUUGUUGGAAGUAUCAGUUAAAAGGUCGGUAUGUAAAUCUUAUGUAAAAUGGGCUGAAAUUUCUGGUUCUUAAGGUCAUAUUAUUUAGUAGAAAAUACAUGAGUGGUUGAGAGGUAACAAAAUCUCUGUCUAUGUUAAAGUUUAGACAGUAAAGAUUAGGAAUCAAGAUGUAAUUUGAUAAUUUUAGGAACUGCUUAUCUGAAUCUUCCAUACAUUGAAAGUGUCUUUGCAGUAACAUGUAUCUUCUUGAGUUUGCUUUUAGAAAGUGGAAUCAAAGCAGGUUAAAAAAGGCAACUGGUAAUAACAAGUAAAAAGAUUAAUUGGUCAUUUUUAAAUAUUCCACAAAGAAAUCCCAAGCCAAGAAGACUUUUCUUGGUGAAUUCUAUCAAACAUUUUAAAAAUAAUUAAACCAAUCCUUCACAGACUGCUCAGAAAUGGACGAGGAGAGAAUACUUUGUAACUCAUCCUGUGAGGCCAGUAUUACCCUGAUACCAAAGGAAGACAAAGAUAUUACAAGAAAUUAAAACUACAGACCCCUUUUAAUAUAGAAGCAAAAAUCUUCAACACAAUGCUAGCAAACCUGACCCAGUAACAUAUAAAAAGGGUUGUACACCAAUACCAAAUGGGAUUUAGCCUGGGAAUGUAAGGUUGGUAUUAUAUCCAAUUAUCAAGUAAUAUAAUACACCAUAUCCAUAGAUUAAAGGACAAAACCCCCAUGAUCAUUUUAAUAGACUCAGAAAAAGCAUUCCAUAUCUGAUAAAGGGCAUCUACAAAAAAAAAAAAGCCCACAGCAAAGAUCAUGCUUAAUAGUAAUAGACUGAAUGCUAGUACUUUCC